UCAUGUGCAUGUAAAGGCAAGCAUCCCAAAACUUUUGGCAAUAUAGUGUACUUUCAGGGUGGAGGGAGACAGCCUUUGCUCCAACCCUUCCAGGAUAGAAAGAGUCAUUCCCUGAUGGCAAAGGCAUCUGUGGAGAACAUUGCAUGCCUGGACACUUUGUAGCGUUGCCACAUAAGGGGAAGCCAAUUAUAGCAUAAAUUGCCAAUAAUAAUAAUACAUUGACUAUUAUGUAAAUAGCUUUCCCCUGUAUGUUGUUUUCUCCCUUAUAUGUUGUCUGUGUUUGACCCAGAUUUAUAUUCCCGCGAGAUUCUGCUCCCGCGAGAUUCCGCUCGCGCUCCGUCGUCACGUGGCGUUACGUCAACUCGGCGGGAUGUUUCCCAUGUUUUUCCUAUAUAAGGAACCGGCACGCCGGCGUUUGACAGCGCGUCUUUUCUAAACACAAAUCUUUUUCCCCUUGCCUUGUUUUCUGACUGUUUUUUGCUGUGCUGUUAUUUCGCCAUCUCUUGUGGAGUAUAUUGGGUUUUUUUCACGGAUUACUCGCCUUGGAGGACUUUAAACAGUUGGAUUAUACCUGUAGGAUCCUGCUCUCGGACUGGCUAUUUCCCUGGUGAGACUGCUCCUAUAUAAACUUUUCAACGCGCUGGACUCUAGAGACUAUUUAGACACACAUGCACACAUACACACACACACAUUUUUUAUCUUGGAUGUUUAAUGUGUUUUUUGGUGGUGUACACUGAUUGAAUUGUAAAUACACUUGGGUUUAUUGGUGACAUCAGUCUCCUGUUGUAUUUCUUUUUUUAGUUUCCUGCUGUUUAAGAAGCAUAAACGUUCCCUUUAUUUAGUGUAACUUCCUGGCAUAUUAACUGGAGUGUUACAACUUGCUCUAGGGGAACUUCUGCCCAUAGAAAUGCAAGGUCCAACCACGGACUGAAGGUUUGGUGACAAGCCAGGUUGAUUGCCACUGGGUGCAUGCCGCAUUGCCACGGCCAUCUCAGAACUUAGCUGUGAAGCCAGUGCUGAAGUGGCCUCAUAUGAAUCAAACUGAGAGGCAUUACUGGGGCUGCAGAUACCAUAUGCCCCAAGAGCCUCUGAAAUAGUUUCUGAGUGCCCGGACCCACUAUGAGUGGAUGUUUGUUUUCUGGGGUUGUGAUAAAUAAAUCGCCUUACCCCACCCCUGUGCCUUUCCUAAUGGAGGCGCACAAAGAAUUUAGGACUGUGCAGCUGCGGCAUGCCCAUAAAGUGAUGCCACCUAGUGGUGUCAUCCGCAACUCUCAUCCAGCACCUGUAAAAUAACAGCAGCUCCGGAUUAUCUUGGAUUAUCGUGCGUUGCACAGCCUUUCUGUUGAACAUUGUUCUCAAUAAAAAGGCUGUGCAACGCACGAUAACAGCAACACAAAUAAUCCACAAUGGACUUCACUCCAGGUUCGGUAGACACAAUCCACAAAGGGCUUCACUCCAAGUAACUCGCUGUGUCUCAGUCAGCAGUUCCCCUCUCUCUCACACACUCCUGCUUCUCACGGCGUCUUAUCCUGUCUCCGCGCCAAUCACUAGAACAAGAAACAGGUGUUCGUGAUUUGCAUCCAACCCACUCACUUACCAAGCGUCUCCCGCUAUUCUCUCCGGUUGCAGACCUCGCUGAACCACUCCCCCCUCGCCACACAGUGUUUGCUCUUUUAGAGAAAUAUACUAUUUUACGAAAAAAAAGCUCUUUUAGUGCUGAAGCGCACAGAAUGAUCGCUAUUGAAAGCCUGCAGCAUGCUGGAAGCUCUUUCAGUAGUAGCAAACACCGCCGUCACACCAACACUCUCUAGAGAGCUUCUCCCAGGUUCACAGAACACUCGAACGAUGAUUGCAGAGCAGAAUCGGAAGAAACGCUUAGCUCCAAAGAGAAAGCUUAAUUUGCAACAGCAUACACUCUCUUGGAGCGUGCGAUGCAAAUCUCAUACGCCAAUGUCCAUUGGCUCAUUUAGUUUACACUUGAAGGUGAUUGGGCUUUCAGGUAAGAUCCCAAUUCAUCAGUUCAGUUCUAACGUAACGUUGAACGUGACUGACCAAAAGGGAACUCAGGGUUUAAAUACAGAGGGGUAAACAAAUUGAAACUGAAUGGUGAACUAAAUUAGUGACUAACAUGGCACAAACUAAGAAACUAGGACAACAUGCAAAUGGAAGGGAACAGGAAAAACACAGAACCAAAAUAAAAUUAAGUAAUCAUAACUAUUACACUUAUAGCCUGGGUGAGGUCCAAACUGCAAAAAAAUGUCUAGAAAUUUGAUAAAGCAGAUAUUCAACAGGAAUAAAUGCCCACAAUUAUUUAUGGCAUAUACAUAAAUUUAAUUGAAUUAACAGAACAUUUUCAAGCUGUUAAAACCAAAAAUAACUUGAAAGUGGGUCAAACCACUCUUUAUCCACAAACAUCAUGCUGGUAAAGAAAAAAAGAAAAAAACUCAUACUUUUUUUGUCAUUAGAGAAACAAUUCAUGUACUCAUCAGUGCCACUGCCAAACAGACGAUUCGUAUCACACUGAUACAAUCAAAUAUGGAAUUGUCAGCACUAGAGAACACCGCAAUGAUAUCUUCCCCAGACCUGUACCACUGUCCCUCUCUUCUGGAGACCUUGACCCGGAUUGAUCAAUUGUUUGUCCACAAAGAAAAAAGUUGUGCUGAAGUUUGUUCAGAAGUUUGCUGUGGAAUAAAGUUUAACAACCGAUAUACUGUGAAGAAUGACAAUGGGGAGAGCAUUUUUACUAUUCUUGAGGACAACGAUUGUUGUAACAGGACUUGCUGUGCUGGAGCACGUUCCUUCAUAAUGAGUGUUUUUAAUAACUCAAAUCAAGAGAUCAUCAGACUGGUGCACCCGCUUGUUUGGACUUGCUGCGGCAAUGAGCUGGAGGUUCAGUCUCCACCGGGCGUUAUCAUUGGAUAUGUUCAACAAAACUUUCACACUUUCCUACCUAAACUCACCGUUGAGAAUGAACGAGGUGAACCGGCAUUUAAGAUCACGAAACAGUGUGUAUUCUUCUUCACGGAUCAAAUCUUUGAGCUGGUGUCUCUGAAUGAGGCAGCGACAGACAAUCCAUUUGGCAAGAUCGUCAAACCCUUCUCUAGCAGUGGACCCAACGCAGGACUGUUUGUAUUAUGAAAAGCCAUCAAAACCACUGUGUGCACUACUGUGAAGAGAUGUAUUCUGGCCUGCUUCAGAAAGAAGACAGAAGAAAGACAAAUGUCUGAUGACUACUUGCCAAAUUAUCCUCCAAUGAAGGCUGAAGAGAAAAGAAUCAUAGAACAGAAUAUGGCUUUAAAAAAAAAAAAAAAAAAAAAAAAAGUGAGAUUCAAAAGUGACAAAUGACACAUUUUCAGUUGUUUCAGUUUGUGGCUCUCUCUUAUAGAAAGGUGACACUGCGGUUGCAUGUGUUAUCUGAAAGGAAAGCAAACACAGCAGUAACCACAAACACAGACAGAUGAAGUUAUUAGUAGGUGCUGGUGAUGUGAAAAAACAAAAAACAACCACAACUGAC